GUAUUUGACGCGACCUCAACAGCGACCUUUUUAUUGCUUUAUAACAUGGCGAUCGAAGCCGAUCCAACGGAUUACCACGAACAGGAAGAUUUCAAAUGCCGCGGUGAUCCAGAACCCCACAUUCGAUCUCAGAAUUUGCUCUACCGUUCCGACAGCUAUAGAUGGCAUAUAAGAUUUACUUUCAAAGGAACAAUAAUACGCGAAGGUGAUCCAUCGAUUUUUCAGGACGAGCAGAUGAACCGGAAAACCCGCGGCCGUCAGCUGCGAGACCUCGCUCAACACGUACAAUUCGGACAUCUUCCACUUAUCGACGAUACCGUUACCGAAGUCGUCUUCACACCGUUCAAUGCCCACGAUGAGCCGCGAAAACUCAUGCUUCCAUUUGAUGAUACUGAGUUGCCAUCCAACAAUGGAUUUGGCCGGUUCUCCGCUCGAUUCUACUAUCAGACCACGGAAGAUUCGUCAAGAAUAUUCUAUCCACCGAUCCCUUCCAAUCCGUGUCCAUCGGUAAACCUCUCGGACCUUCGACAUGUCAUGGAAAUUGCUCCAGCGAUAUCACUAGUUGAGGUCACAGCUACGAACCAGCAGUACAUUUUCAAGUCAAUUAAAAGGCCGCUGUAUGAGCCUAAGGACAGCGAGAUCAUCAAGCAGGAAUUUUCAAACCUGCAAUCUCUUCACCAAUGCCAAGAAGUUGCUCGACUCAUUUCUGCUGUCGCAUCAAAUAAUCCAUAUCAUACGGGCAGAUCAGAGGUUCAAAACCCUGUUCUCCGAGGAUUUCUUCUCGAAUACCAUAACGCCGGGCCUUUAAAUCAGACAUUAGACAAAGGUAUAUUUCGCAGGAUAUGGACACUCCAGAUCGCCCGUGGACUGCAGCACAUGCAUAAAAAGAUGAUCGCACACAUGGAUUUAAAGUCGUCGAAUAUUGUGAUUAGCUCUGACCAUGACGCUAAGAUCAUUGACGUCAGUGGCCUGGCUACUACACGCGAAUGGAUGCCCCCAGAGUUCCAAGAACAUCUAGACCCGACUUAUCUGCCUUGGGAUUCCCGUGUACGCGGUGACAUAUGGGCAUUUGGGAGGCUACUUUCAUUGAUGAUCCCACUUGAACAUGACGAGAGGAAGGCUAGGCUCGUAGCAGGAAUAAUACGCGGCAUGACUGAGGAACAUCCAGAGAAACGAUCUGAGUUGGAUGAUGUGGUCCUAGGGUUGGUUCAGUACAUAGACGCUCCAUAA